AUGAUCUCGAUUUUUCGCAAGGAACCUGAGUGGAUUGCGCAUCUUGAAAAAGUGUACGGAACGGAGCACCCUAUUCGCAUAUCUCCUUAUGUGCUUCUCUUCUGUAGGACAUCUUCGAUGAAAGACAUCUACCGAGACAACCAGAUGAAUGUUAAGGGUGGAGUCUAUCAAUCCGGAGCUCUAGGCCCCCCGAACCUGGUCUCGAUUGUAGACGGCGAGGAACAUCGCGCGUUGCGAAAAGCUUUGUCGAAUGGUCCGUGGAUUAUUGGUCCGCUGAAGAACGCAUGGGAGUCGCGCUUCGACGAACUCAUUACACUCUUCAUCAGCAAGCUUCAUGAACAUGCCGAAGCCAAACGCAUCAUAUGUCUAUCCGACAAGAUGACCGAGUUUGCAGCUGACAUUCUCGGCAUGAUAUCGUUCUCGGAGCCCUUUGGUAGCAUCAAAAACCAGCGCGAUGAGAGGGGAUUGAUUGGAAACUUUCGCAAGGGGCUUCCCAUCUUCGGCUUCACGGGAAGAUUCAAGUUCCUCCGAGACAAACUACUGCCUCUUCCUAUUAUGGCGAAACUGCUUCUUCCAUCUGCCGCUGAUGAGGCAGGAAUGGGCUGGCUUAUGGGCGAAGCAGAAAGGCAAAUAGCUGCUCGUGAGAAGCUGAUUGCCGAGGAGAAAUUUCAGGGGAAGCCCGACUUCUUGCAACACUGCCUAGAAGCUCGCUUCUCGGAUGGCUCUUCAUUGAGCCCAUUACAGAAGCUUAGUCAUGUCACACUUCUUAUUCUAGCUGGGGCUGAUACAACGGGUACAGCAAUGGGUAUGACGCUCCAAUUCAUGCUCACGAACCCUUCAGUCCUAGAACGAGCACAAGCAGAGAUUGAAGCAGCUGAUUCAAAAGGCCUUCUUUCCACGCCAAUCCGUUACGAUGAGAUGAAGCAACAUCUCCCGUACUUUGGGGCAUGUAUCAAGGAGAGCCUUCGUCUUGCGCCUCCAGCCGUAAACCUGUUUGCCAGAGAAGUUCCAAAGGGGGGGAAAGUCAUCGACGGCCACUUUGUGCCAGGCGGCACCGACGUUACAAACUUUGCGUACACGAUUCAGCGAAACAAAGAAUUCUACGGAGAAGACGCCAACGAAUAUAAACCGGAGAGGUGGCUAGAAAGCCAGCAAAGGAGUUUUGACAUGGAGGCGGUCCAGUUCACAUUCGGCAUUGGACCACGGGUUUGCCUGGGUAAAGACGUGGCAAUACUUGAAUCGCAUAAAUUGCUGCCGGAGAUUAUCCGCCGGUUCGACUUUGAUAUCAAACAGCUCGGUAAAUACACGGUUACUGGCGGUGUAGCCAGUCUUCAAGGCCUGAUGGUGAGCCCAAAACCCAAGGCGUAA